UAAUAGUUCCUACGCAACUUGCAUCAAAACAAAUGUAUUAUCUUUGAUACUUACCGUUACUAAUAUUAUGCAGGUAAGCAAAGUGAGAUCUAAUCUUAAUCAGAUUGGGUAUGACAUUAAUAUAAUCCAUGAGAUGGUAUCCGGCUUGGAAGGAAAAAUUGAGCUUCUUGAAAGCAAGCAGGAUAAGACUAACUCGGGUUUGUAUUAUCUCUGCCAAGUAGCCGAAAAUAUUAAAGGUGGAUCGAAUGAUAAAAAAAUAAAGGAUGUCGACACUAAGCUACUAGAACAAUCAAGAGUUUUGCGGAUUGAAGACAGAACAAAGGGGCUUCAGUUCAUUGUCGGAAAUGAUGAAUCAAAUAAGAUGCAGAAAACACCGGUAAAGAUGGAUGACCAGAAACUUGCUGAUGUUCCUGCCAAGAAUGUUUCUAAUCCAAAAAUGAGAAUUCAUCGAUCAUAUCCGGUUGGGCUGUCUUUUGCUGCGGAUGUCUAUGGAUUGGCUUCAUAAUUUCACAAUGCUAUUCUAUCAAAGAGAUUAGACCCAAAUAUUAUUGCAGUCCGAUUACUCGAGCGUGGAAAUUUGCAAAAUAAGGAUUGUUGGAGCUUUACAAGGACCUGUCGAAAAUCCUUGUGCUCAAUUUUUUGAAUGUAAUAUGUAUAAAUUGUAUUCAUCAAGACCUUCAUAUGAAUUAAGAAAGGUUAUAUUGUGUUAUUAUUUCUUAUAAUAGCAAGAUUGACACAUUUUGUGAA